AUGGUAUUGAACGGCAUUUUCCAUGACAAGCCAAGUGGCCUCCCAGGAUCCCACGAGCCAUCUGGCACCAUUGUUGCACUCGGCUUGGAAGCUGCGAAGAGCUUUGCUGUCGGUGACAGAAUCAUCGCCAUUGGAAUUCGGGGUCCAUGUGGCGAUUGUAUGGACUGUAAUGGACCAGAGGAGUUCCAACUAAGCUGCAAGUUCAACAAAGGCUACGCUGGCAUCUCUUCACCCGGAGCCUUUGCAGAAUACACCGUGCUCGAUGACCGCUUUGCGGUGAAAAUACCGGAUGAGUUGAGCUUCAUCAAGGCGGCCCCACUGACCUGUGCCGGGUGCACUAGCUGGCGUGCUGUCAAGAGAGCAGCAGUCAGGCCAGGGGGUUGGCUCGGCAUCGUUGGCAGCGGAGGUGGCUUGGGUCAUCUUGCAAUCCAGAUUGCGAAGAAGCAAGGCAUCAACGUCGUGGGAAUUGAAGCACGGGAUGUUGCUUUGGAACUGACAAGAAAAGCUGGUGCCGCAGCCGUGGAUGUCAGACCUGGCAAAGACGUGAUGGUGCAGCAGGUUCGAAGUCUGAUAGGGUCACGGGGUGCCGGUAAGGGCGACGACUUGUGCGAUGCAACAAUCGUGCUCAGCGAUGCCGAGCCGGCUCUUGAGACGGGCAUGAUCAUUACCAAAGGGCACGGCUUAGUGGUUGAAGUGGCGCAGCCCAAGCGAGUCAACUUUCCGUUUGAAGAGAUGAUAUUUAGAGACAUCAGGGUGAUGGGGUCUAAUCUUUCCAGCCGAGCAGAGCUUGCGGAUCUAGUGAACUUUGUUGUUGAUCAAAAUGUGGCAGCUGAGACAACGGUAUUCCGCGGGCUGCAGAGUUUGCGGCAAGUUUACGAGUUGUCAGAAUCUGGAGCCUCGGCGGGCAAGGUCGUGGUCGUGAUAGACGAUGCCCAGGUCUAG